UUUUUGAAACCGUAAUGACGAUGACCCAUUUUACUUAUGCAUUAUUUAUCUGCAUGAUAUAUGGACUGUUCGAAGCUGAAUCCAGCUGUCCACUGAAUGAGAGAGAAGUGGAAUGCAUCAACUUCUGCAACACUUGUGGAUUGGAUAGUGCAUGUCCCGAUAUUUGCGUCCGGGGGUGUGACUGCAAUCCAGGAUUCCUAAGAAAUAUACUAGGGAAAUGUGUCCCGAGGCACCUGUGCAAACCGCCUCAAGGGGAACAAAGUCUUCGUUGUCCAUCGAAUGAGCACUUCGCACCUUGUUCAGCACACUGUCAAAGAAACUGUGGCAACCUCAAUAAGUCGGUGGCCUGUCCUUUUGUCUGUGUUCCUGGGUGCGUCUGCGACAGCGGAUUCGUCCGGGGACCCAAUACCAAAUGCAUAAAAAAGGAGAACUGCCAUGGUUCGAAAAAUAAAAUUUCAAUUGCAACGAAUGCAGAUUGCCCGGCUGAUGAAGAGAUGAGCGAAUGCCAUGCUCACUGCCAAAGAAAUUGCUCCAACUACAAAGAUACUGUCCUGCUAUGCUCAAAAGUCUGCGUCUCCGGUUGUGUCUGCAGAAAAGGGAUGGUCAGAGGACCCGAAAACAACUGCAUUUCGCCUCAAAAAUGUUCAUUCAAAAGAUCUUCGGAAACGAGUCUAUCCAACAUUGAACAAGUGUUAUGUCCACUUAAAGAACAUUUCGACCCCUGUAGAGCGCACUGUCAGAAAAACUGCACCAAUUGGAUGAAACUUUUGCCCUGCAUCCGGAUUUGUGUUCCGGGUUGCGUGUGCGAAGAGGGACUCGUCAGGGGACCUGAUGAAAAGUGCAUCGAUCCCAAGGAAUGUUUUGAGACAUAUACAAAGGAGGAUGCUUUAAUAAAGUAG